AUGGAGGACCAGUCGAAGUUGCUCACCCUCCAGCUGCUAAUGGACUACCUGGAGUACUACACCAGGAGGCCCAGCAGCUCCCCAUGCCCGCCAUCCUCACUUGAGGCUGCUGUGAUGCACACCUUCGCCUCCAUUUCCCAGGAGCAUUACCAGCUCUCUUGGACCUGCUACCGCCAAUGUUGUGGUAACCGCGUGGAGAUGGUGGCCAACAUGAUGCAGGACAUAUUUUCACACCCCCUGGGCCCCAACUGGGGCUGGAUGGUGGCACUCCUGACUUUCACGGGGUUCCUGCUGGAGAGACCGCCAGCAAGCCACAAGUUGGCACUGAAGAAGUGGGAUGCCAGGGUUGACCUGGACUGCCAGAGCCUGGUGACCUUGCUGUGCGCUUGUCUCAUGGGGCAUCACCGCACCUGGCUGGAGGCGCACGGCAGCUGGGAUGGUUUUUGCCGCUACUUCAGAGAUACAUGA